AAGGGAGACCAGACACCCUCAUCUCUCCUGUUUUUCCCCCUCUCACUCCCUCUCUUUCUUCGCGCGUGUGCGCAUGCAAAUAAUGGAGAGCAAGCAGUGGCCAUGUGCUGAGUGCGGACGGCGAUUUAGCAAGAAAGGAGAUCGAGACCGUCAUCGACGCACACACCUCAACCAGAUAUCGACGGUGACAGAUACGUCAACAAGUCAUGUCGGGAGUCGUGAAUGCCAUAGACAAAAUAAGGGAGAGCAGAACAAAGAUGAAUCGCCACCUGCCAAAAGACGACUCGCCUCUCCUAAACCAUCCACGAGUUUUGCCGAACAAAUCAACGACAAAAUGUUCGCCUAUGACGAAAUUCCUCUUGAUGAAACAAACCGAGCGGAAUAUUGUCCUCAGUGCAACCGUGGACCAUUUCGUCAUCAUUUCAACCUCAAUCAACACAUCCGUGAUGUUCACCUUCCAAGACUGCACCCGGUAAACCAGGUUGGCGGAGGUUCAGAUGUUGAACAACGCAUCGGACGUUUCACCCUUGAGGAAACAGCGGCGAAUCGUGGUGCAGAAAAUUACGCUUUAGAUGUUCAGGCGGAUAUUGAGGAUGCUGAUCCCGAUAAAUUUAUUCUCGACUCGAACGAUCUUCUUCUCGACUUUCUUUCAAAAUACUUUCAGCAGUGGGAUAAACAAGCCAUCAAAAUGCAAUUAGUAUUGUCCAUACGUUGUCACCGCCUGACGUUAGAAGGUCGGCAAACGAUGACGAUGAACAUCCGUACCGACCCGAUCGGAAUUACGGGCGUGCAUGACAAUCUAGAGAGAGUGAAUGAGAUCGCUCAGGAUCUCACACGAAGGUUAGAUGAGGCGGAGAAUCGCGGGAGCGGUUGGAUCUAUGAUAGCGUCGAAAAAUUCCUCGUAGAAGUGACACGUUUCGAUCCGAUCCGAGGCAGCAAAUUCGUACAACUUCCUGAUGCGCUCAAGUCCAUGCAAUCCCUCAUCAAUCCACAUAACGAUGAUGCGCAAGUGCCUCACUUUGAGAAACGAAACGGGCGUGCCAUCACGAUCCUAGGUAAUGAAUGGGCGAAAGAGGAACAAGAUAGGGUGUACUUCAUAUAUGCCUCAACCAUGCAUGAGAGCAUCCCGCGGAUGUUUUUAUUGCUGCUUGAAGAAGGUGUUCUGAUCAAGAACUUGAGAGGAUUCAUGAAUCACUUUCGGAAGAAANUAAACAGACGAUCUCCAACGAGUUCCUUCAAAUCGGGGACUCUGACAGCUCAUGCUGAUGAUUCAUUGGAAGAUAGACGAUGCGAGAACGUCCAGCUAUCGACGGUGACAAAUACGUCAACGAGUCCUGUCGGAUGUCGGGAUUGCCAUAGACAAAAUAAAGAAGAGCAGAACAGCGACGAUUCGCCACCUGCCAAUAGACGACUCACCUCUCCUGAACCAUCCACGAGUUUUGCAGAGCAAAUCAACGACAAAAAGUUCGUCUAUCUUGACGAAAUUCCUCCUGAUGAAACGAACCGAGCGGAAUAUUGUCUUCCUUGCAACCGUGGACCAUUCCGUCAUCACUUCAACCUGAAUCAACACAUCCGUGAUGUUCACCUUCCACGACUGCACCCAGCAAACCAGUGGGAUGAACAAGCCAUCAAACUGCAAUUAGUAUCGUCCAUACGUUGUCACCGCCUGACGUUAGAAGGUCGGCAAACGAUGACGAUGCACAUCCGUACCGACCCGAUCGGAAUUAUGUGCGUGCAUGACGAUCUCGAGGAGAGAGUGAAUGAGAUCGCUCAGGAUCUCACACGAAGGUUAGAUGAGGCGGAGAAUCGCGGGAGCGGUUGGAUCUACGAUAGCGUCGAAAAAUUCCUCGUAGAAGUGACACGUUUCGAUCCGAUCCGAGGCAGCAAAUUCGUACAACUUCCUGAUAACUUCCUGUCCAUGCAAUCCCUCAUCAAUCCGCAUAACGAUGAUGAUCAGUGCUUUCUUUAUUGCAUUGCAAUGUUUGAUCAUCCUCCCAAAGACGGAACUUUUGGAAACGUUGAAGUUUUCAAGAAGUAUUUUGCCGAAUACGAUGUCCAGGGACUCACUUUUCCCAUUUCACCAGCGCAAGUACCUCACCUUGAGAAACGAAACGGGCUUGCCAUCACGAUCCUAGGUUAUGAAUUGGCGAAAGAGGAACAGGAUAGGGUGUACAUCAUAUAUGCCUCAACCAUGCCUGAGAGCAUGCCGCGGAUGUUUUCAUUGCUGCUCGAAGAAGGUCACCAUGUUCUAAACAAGAACUUGAGAGGAUUCAUGAAUCACAUUCGGAAGAAAUGGUGACGUGAAGCUUGCGACAUUCGCUCGUUCCUGUCACCAGAGCAAUUAGUAUUGUCCAUACGUUGUCACCGCCUGACGUUAGAAGGUCGGCAAAUGAUGACGAUGCACAUCCGUACCGACCCGAUCGGAAUUAUGGGCGUGCAUGACAAUCUAGAGGAGAGAGUGAAUCAGAUUGCUCAGGACCUCACACGAAGAAGUGACGCGUUUGAUCCUAUACGAGGCAGCAAAUUCGUGCAACUUCCUGAUACGCUCAAGUCCAUGCAUUCCCUCAUCAAUCCACAUAACUAUAACGAUCAGUGCUUUCUUUACUGCAUUGCGAUGUUUGAUUAUCCUCCCAAUGAUGGGCAUUAUGAAAGUGUUGGGAGUUUCAGGAAGUAUUAA